AUGUUUGUUAUUAACGAUCUUUUUGCUUUUAAGCCUCUAACAAAGCAUAAGACAUAUGAAGAUUAUUUAGAAGUAGAAAAUGUUGAAUACGAUGAUGAUUAUUAUUUAAAUUUAUUAAAAACAACCACAGAUGCAAAAUUUUAUGAAUAUGGAAUGUACUUUGUUUAUAAAUAUUAUUUAAACAAACUUGAAAAAAAUUGUAUAAAUAAAAAAAUUGAGUGCAUAAAUGUUGUAAGAGAUGCUUUUUUAAAAAAUCCUAAGUGGUACACUUAUGACAUUCUAAAAUAUUUAACUUUAGAUUUGGAUUUUUAUGAACUAAAAGAAAUGUUUAAUGAUCAUCCAUUACUUUCUAUGAUUAUAGGAGAACACUUACUCCGUACAGAACAAUAUUCAAUAGAAGAUAUUUCUUGUUUAAAAUUUCCUUUUUACAUUUCUCUUCCAUUUUAUUUUUACAAGAAGAAGUUUGAUUUAUCUAUUUUUGAUAUAAAAAUGGUUUUUUUAUUUACAGAUCUUAUUUUUACAGAAAAUUUUGACUAUAGAAUGCAGUACUACAUAAUUAACUGGAAAGAAGUUAUUAAUGUUGGUGAAUAUGCAAUCAAAAUUGUAAAAUUAGAAACAGUUAAUUUUAAAUUUUCUAAUCCUUUUACAAAUUUUUUAUUAUUUAAGCAAGGAUUAUUAUGUAAUCCUGUUGAGAAUGUUGAGCUUAUGAUAUUAUUUUAUGAUGAUCCUUCGCAUAUUGUAGAAGGAAGUGUUUAUACAGAAAUUAUUAAGAGACAUCAUAAAAUUUCUUAUAAAAAUUGCUAUGAAAAUAUUAAUUAUUAUAUUUAUGAUGAUAUUAUACAAAGGUAUUGUUUAGUAGAUUAUAAAUAUAAAGAAAGCUUUUCCUAUAUAUGUAAAGAUUAUGCCUUAAAUUUGCAUUUAAAUAGUGUAGAAGUAUUACAAAUAGAAUUUAUUUUUAAUUUAGAAGAAAUUUUUUUCAAUACUUUUAUUACAAACAAUAUAAACUAUAAAUUUACUUGGAAUAAUGUAGAAAUCGAUACGGAGAUAAUUUUCUUAAUUAAAGAAUAUCAUACUAAAAAAUUGAUGAGUAAAAAAUAUAGAGAUAAUCUUUUUAACAAAAUAUUAGAAAAUAAAUAUAAAGAGAUAUUUUUAUUAUAUCUAAUUAAUAGAAAUAAUGCAUUAGAGUAUAUAAAUGAAGAGAAUUUUGCAUGUAUUUGUAAAAUUAAAAGAAGAGAAUGGCUUUUAGAUUACAAUAAUAUUAAAAAAAUUAUAGGAAGCAACAAAGAUGUAUUAUCUUUGGGUAUUAAUUGUACUUGUAAAGAUGAAUUGUAUUUAAAAUAUAUUAAAAUUUGUUCUGACUAUGAAAAUGAUGCAAGAUAUCAAUCUAUUUUGUUAAAAUAUAAAAAAUUUGCUGAUAUUUCUGAGAAUAAAGUUGUUUGUCAUACACAAUCUAAUAAGCAGAACAUAACAUUACCUCCCGUUGUAAAAAGAUAUAAAUUAAAUAUAAAAAAGAGUACACAAAUUGAUUGUAUAAAAAAUGAAAAUAAUGAGCAUAAAGCUACAUUUUUUUUAACCAGAUAUAUGUCAUCUUGCACGUACAAGAAAUUUGUUAAAAAACAUUUGAUAUAUUAUGACUAUAUUAACAUAAAAUAUAAAACAACUAAUUACAAGUUUAUUAAGUAUCUUAAAGAUGAAGUUGCUAAAGAACAUAUAAAUGAUCUUAUUAAAUAUGACAUAAAAAGGUUAGCAAAACUUACCAAAUUGGGAUGCAAACUUGAAGAAUACCAGUUUUUUGAGCUACAAGAAAGGUUAAAAAAAGAAGGUAGAAAAGGUGUUAUUAAAUUGAUAGGUAAGAUCCUUUCUUAUAAUUCAAAUUAUAAAAUUGAUAUUCUUACGUAUGAAGAUUUAGAUUUUUAUGGUAAGAAUAUGCUAUUAGACCAUUUAAUAUACUGUAACAGAAUAUCUUAUAAUAAAAGUGAUUUUAUUAAAUCACUACUUAUAUUAAAUAAUGAAGACAAUGUUAAUUUAGUUCUUAAGAUUCUUGAAUUUAUUAAGUCUAAUUUAAAUGAAUUUUACAAAUAUAAAGAAAUCUUAGAAAGAUAUAAAAAGAAUGACAAGUUUAAUAAACUUAUGAUACGAAUUUUACCUUUGUGGGGAUAUGAUACAGAUUAUUAUCAAAAGAUAUGUGCGAGUUAUAAAUUUAAAGAAGAAUUAGAAAUAUAUGAAAAAUUUUAUAAGAAUUAA